GAGCCCGAGUGGGACCACGUGGUGCGGGACCACGUGUUGGCAGCGUCAUGGCGUCAGCGCCCAAGAGGUUCAAGGCGGCGGUCGAGAGCGGCGCCCAGGAGAAGGGUAGUGGCGAUCCCCUCUCCGGGUUCCUGGCAUGGUGCGGGCGGGCYGGGGUGGAGCUGAACCCCAAGGUCCGSCUGAGCAGGGAGGGCGCGGUGGCGGGGUACGGGAUGUUGGCCGCCGAGGAUCUGGAGGCGGGAGAGGUGCUGUUCACCAUCCCUCGCACGGCCCUGCUGUCCCAGCACACCACGUCCAUCCACGCACUCUUGCAGGAAGCCCAGGAGUCCCUGCAGAGCCAGUCCGGUUGGAUCCCUCUGCUGCUGGCCCUGCUACACGAGUACACAGCCAGCAACUCCCACUGGCAGCCGUAUUUCUCCCUCUGGCAGGACUUCCGGAGCCUGGAUCACCCCAUGUUCUGGCCUGAAGAAGAGCGAACAAGGCUCCUGCAGGGCACAGGCAUCCCAGAAGCUGURGACAAGGAUCUAGCUAACAUCCACCUGGAAUACAACUCCAUCAUCCUGCCCUUCAUGAAGUCCCACCCCAAGAUCUUUGACCCCAAACUGCAUACAGUGGAAUUGUAUAAGGAACUGGUGGCAUUUGUCAUGGCUUACAGCUUUCAGGAACCUUUGGAGGARGAGGAUGAAGAUGAGAAGGUGCCCAAUCCUCCCAUGAUGGUGCCUGUAGCAGAUAUUUUGAAUCAUGUGGCCAACCACAAUGCCAACCUGGAAUAUUCUCCUCAAUGUUUGAGAAUGGUUACAACGCAGCCUGUGAGGAAAGGACAGGAGAUCUUCAACACAUACGGGCAGAUGGCCAACUGGCAGCUGCUGCACAUGUACGGCUUCGCAGAGCCCUACCCUGGCAACACCCACGACACGGCCGACAUCCAGAUGGUGACACUGCGCAGGGCAGCGCUGCAGCGUGCCAAAAGUGAAGCACAGCAGCAGCUGGUCUCAGAGCAGUGGGACUUCUUGUGCCAGCUGGAGAUGGUGGGGGAGGAAGGUGCCUUUGUGCUUGGCUGGGAUGAAGUGCUGACAGAAGAAGAGCUGUCCAUGACCCUCAAGGUGCUGUGCAUGUCAGAAGAAGAAUUCAAGGAGUAUAAGGAGCAAGAYGGCUGGGAAGACGACAGUGGGGAAGAGGAAAACUCUACCCUUUCAAAUGAGGCUCUCUCCCGACUUAAAACCCCUUGCAAGAAGCUCCUUUAUGACAGUGUGCUGCUGACCCUGGAGUCCUACAGGACAGACCUGAGAGCAGAGCAGGACUUGCUAAAUAACAAGGAGGCUUAUGAGAAACUGAGUCGAAGGGAGCAGCAAGCUCUGCAUGUGCGCUAUGGACAGAAAAGGAUUUUGCAUCAGCUGCUAGAGCUGGUACAAUAGCAACCUCAGUGYCCCUGGACAUGACCUGCUGGGGACAGAUCCUGAGAGAUGGGUCAGCCUCUGGCCACCUCCUCUGCAGCAGAGAGGACAGAUGCCAAGACURUGGUCACUUGUCCCUCAUACAGCUCAUAGAUCUUUGGCUACCUCUACAGGAAGAAGUAUCUUCACAGCACAAAGGUGGUUUUGAGUGGUCUUACUGUACCUUGAGAGCUCUAGAGUAUACCAUGUUUUCCAGAGGCCUUAAGAAACCCCAGCCCUACUAAUGGCUGUUUUAGGAAGGCAGACAUACGUUGCCAGAACAGCAGAGGAUUCCCUCAGUCAGCAUGAGAAAUUUAAGGCAAGAGCUGCUCCUUCUCCAGAUUAAGAGGGCAGAAACCCAGCUGGUAGCUCAAACCUUAAAGAGAUUCAGAGUAAAUAUCUGGCAGCAGGAGCUGAUGAUGACACUAAACCUUUCACCUAUAUUUAGUUUGUGUUAAGUAUUUUCCAAAGUAUAAAGUAUAUGAUAUUCAUCCUAUUAUUGCUCUAGGCAUGGUCAAUAAUGGAAGCAAAAUUUAUGUGAUAGAACAACAGAGUAUGGGCCCAUAAAAAAAUUAUAUACCAUAGAUGUCAGCAGCUGUAUAGAACAAGGGUUCUUAGAAUUAAAUCACAUUCUCAUCUUCAUGUUUGUAAAUUUACCUUGAUCAGACACUGUGAUUUUAAUAUCCUACCCCCAGUAAGUUUCUUCUAACUAAUAAAAACAAACUGUAACUUUAUUUCAAGUAUACAACCUCACCCUAAUGGGUAUGAGCCUUACAUUAGUAAAGAAAUUGCUACAACAUAAAAAUUUGCAAAGGCUAUUAAAAUAACCUAAAGGGAAUAGUAGAAAAGCUUUGAUUACUGUCCAUCAUGACUCCAGAGAAAUCCAUCAAGUAAUGGAAAGAGUAAUGAGAGAUGGAAAUCACCAUUGGUGGGAUAUUUUAUUGAGAUGUUCUCCAACAGCACCAGGAAUUCUUAAUAAAAUGCUACAUCCUGUAAUUGUCUUGUUAAUACUAACCUGUUUGCUUUUUAUUUCAGUGUUAGGACUGUAUAUCAAAAUGUGGAGAAUAACGAAACAGCUACCUCCAAGAUUUAAGUAUAAUUAGGAACAAUAGCAGCCAAAAGAAUGUGGAAGUUUUUAAUAAAAUAUUUCAAAAACUUUCAGAGGGGGAAAUUGAUGUUUUUAAGCAGAAUUCUUUGUCCCAUCCAUUGAUCUCUGUUGCAGAUGGAAGCUGAUGGUAUCAUUCUCAUCUUUAACCCCUCUUUUGAAUACAAAUAGAUAUUACAGGAUGUAUUAAACAGGUGUUGCUUAAUGCUUAUGAAAACCUGGCAAYUGUUUAAGAAGCCACCAGAGCUACAGAUCAAAUCUUAUUUGGUACUCAGCCUUGGGUUCUGCAUGUCCUGAGCUGAAACUUGAAUAAAGGCACCGCCCCAAAUGACCACCAGUGACCACCAGGCACCCCUGAGGAGGCCCAGGCAGGCGCAGUGACAAGUGUGACAUGAAGUUGCACAAGCUAAAUGACUGCAUUAGGCAGGCAGUAACUAGGUAUUAGAAGGGGGUUUAGGUAAAGUGUGGUGUGUAAAACUUGCUUUUUUACUUCUUGGUGUGCUUGAUUUGUGGAAAGCCUUCCACCUCUUGUAGAAUAAAUAAAUACCUCCUUUCUACACCUGACUGCCCUGACUGUUCAUAAAAUUUGGCAGCCAAGGAGGAUAUUAAAUGCAGUGGCCUGCAUCCUACUUGCCCACCUUGUGUAACUGGGAUCUUGGCUGAGUUCUGUCCACCUUCCAGGAUCUCUACACCAGCCUAGAAGUUCUUAAAGCCUGAAGAGAACCAGCCAUGUACAGSAGCUUCAGUACAUAACCAGAAACUCUUCUGAGCCAUGAGCACAAGGCAGUAAGCUCUGCACAUGGUUUGCUAGACUUAAGUGGAAGAAAAAAAUCCAAUGGCACCUAGACCAGAUAAACUGGUUGCUGAUAAUUCUCUGUAUCCUAAGCCAACAGGAGGAGGAGAAGCAACAGCAGAAUCAAAAAAUUCCAACUUCAAAAGGCUCAGUUUCAGCACAACUGCUGAAAGGAAUGCCAGGGAAUUGCAGGAUCUGGCCACAAUCUACUCCUUGACACAGAGGUGACUAAUGCCUAGAACAGACAGAGAGAAAAUUCCCUUUGAGUAGCCAUCUACUGGCAGAGCUGGCUCAGUGGUCCCUCAGAGCUGUUUUUUUCCUCCAUGCAGCAAAUGCAAAGCCAGGUACAGGGCCCCUUAAACCCAAGUAGGAAAUCAUGACC